AUGGCAAGCUUCCUAGUUGAAAAGUAUUUCUACGUUUUGGACGAAUUGGGCGAUCCUCGUCUUAAGGACUGGAUCACCGUCUCCAGCCCAGGUCCCACUUUAACCAUAAUCGCCAUCUACAUCCUCUUGACCUACGUCUGUUUGCCGGCCUACAUGAAACACCGAGCACCUUACAACCUCAAGACUUUCCUCUAUUUCUACAACAUCUUCCAAAUCGUCUACUGUCUAGGUAUCCUCUACGUUGGACUAACUUCCAAUUUGACUAUAUUUUGUCAACCCGUGGAUUACUCCACCAACUCAGUGGCAUUACAAGCGUUACACUGCACUUACUACACCUUCGUUCUCAAAGCUAUAGAACUAAUCGAAACUCCUAUUUUCGUGCUUCGCAAAAAGUACCAGCAAGUUAGCAAGCUCCACGUGUACCACCACAUUUCGACUUUUGUUAUAGGAUGGGUUGGUGUGAGAUUCGUGGCUGGGGGGAUGGUUCUUUUUCCAAUUAUGAUUAACACUUUCCUUCAUGUUUUGAUGUAUACUUACUACCUAUUGUCAAGUUUGGGGAAAGAGUGGCAGAUGAAGCUGGAGAAAUGGAAACCCAGGCUGACCAUGCUUCAGAUGGUUCAGUUUAUGGUGAUGAUUGUUCAUUCGAUGCAGUCACUGCAUCCAGAAUGUCAUAUACCGAAGCCGAUGCUGCUGAUUUAUCUUCCGAACGUAUUUGUGGUGUUCUAUAUGUUUUGGGAGUUUUAUCAGAAGAAUUAUAUUGACCGGAAGAAGGACUGA